AUGGACCAAACAUCUAGUGAAGAAUUGGCAAUCCGUCGCUCAAUGUUUCCUGAUGUCAAGGACAUCGUAAAAUGGAAUUUGAGAUGUACGGCAUGUGGUAGAUCAAUUAGGAGGCAAAUAUUUAAAGGAGAUCUUAUUAUUAUUCACCCUAGAUUGGAAACCCUCAUUUGUUAUGUAUGCAUGGAGUUUUUAGGGAAUGAAGAGUUCUCUGUUGACGAGGACGGGACUGAUAAGUACUGUAGAUGGUGUGGCCAAGGAGGGAAACUGUUGUUGUGCUCUUCUUGCCCCCAUGCAUUCUGCAAGAGGUGCAUAAAGAGAAACCUUCCCGAGAAUGUCCAAGAAAAUACGGUAGAUGAGCAAUGGAAGUGUUACAUUUGUGACAUCUCUCCACUCUACCAGCUGCGAGCGCAAUGCUGGGCUGCUCAGCAAUAUUCAGACUACAUAAAGACAUCUAGAACUAGUUCUAAAAGAUCUCGAACCGACGUGGAAGAAAAAUCUAGAUUUAUGCAAAGUAAAAAGAACCGACAAGAAGAUUUGAGAAGAAAAAUUUCAAAGACAGAACCUAAAAAAGAGGAAAAUGACAGCUGUGGGAGAGGAUCGAAUAUUAAGAAAAAUUACGACUUAGUAACGGCCCUCGGGAAAAGUCUUACCACAUUGUUUGUUGCUGUGGAGACAAGUAUUUCAACAGUAACAAAAAUGUUACAAGAGUAUGCGGAAAGUUGGUCUCAAGCGGUAAAAAAAGACGAUAUAAAAGAAGAUGAAGACUUGAGGACUGCGAAAAAACAAGUUGAAGUUGUGAAUGAGAGUAGUGAAGAGGUAAACUUGAUUCAAGACGUAAAUGAUAGGACAGAGCCAGAGCCAGCUGAAGACGUGUAUAAUGAAGCAAGCCUUUCUGGAUGCAUGGACUGUUCUUUGGAAUUAAAAGACAUAGAGAACAUCAAUUUCUCCGAUGCCAUUAUAGUUCCACCUACAGAAAUCCAAUGCAAUGACGAGGUUCAGAUUGGAAGUGAUACCGGACUUUUUGACGAAGAUUGGCUUCCUUCCCCAGAAUUUGUUCCUUGCAGUUCUCCACUGAUGAAAUAG